UGAGUCCUCAGACAGACCUGCAUGGUGGAUCAGACAUAACUGUCUUCAGUCUGGAUCUGCACUGAGGGACUGUGCAUCAUCAGAUUCCUCUUUCUCCAUGGUGGAGCUCACCUGCUCAGACUCUGUCAGGCUGGUGAAUGGGGCUAGUCUGUGUUCAGGCAGACUGGAGGUGAAGUCUGAGCAGUCGUGGUCCUCAGUGUGUGAAGCUGACUUUGACCAGCAGGAUGCAGAGGUGGUCUGUAGGGAGCUUGGCUGUGGGGCUCCUUCAGUCCUCCAGGGGGCGCUCUAUGGAGAAGUGGAGGCUCCAAUGUGGACCAAAGAGUUCCAGUGUGGAGGCAAUGAAUCUGCUCUCCUGGACUGUAGAAGAUCAGACUCAGCUAGAAGAACCUGCUCACCUGGUAAAGCUGUUGGACUCACCUGCUCAGAGACUGUCAGGUUGGUGGGAGGAGCCAGUCACUGUGCAGGUACACUGGAGGUGAAACACGGAGAGUGGAGACCAGUGAGUGAGUCUUACUUUGACUGGACCCUGAAGGAAGCAGCUGUUGCCUGCAGAGAAUUGGACUGUGGCUCUGCUGUUUCAACAGGAAGCAGAAAGGAGUCCUCACGUAGACCUGUAUGGACGAUCCGACCUGACUGUCUUCAGUCUGGAUCUACACUGAGGGACUGUGUAUUAUCAGAUUCCUCUUCCUCCAUCAUGGAGCUCACCUGCUCAGACUCUGUCAGGCUGGUGAAUGGGGCUAGUCUGUGUUCAGGCAGACUGGAGGUGAAGUCUGAGCGGUCGUGGUCCUCAGUGUGUGAAGCUGACUUUGACCAGCAGGAUGCAGAGGUGGUCUGUAGGGAGCUUGGCUGUGGCACUCCUUCAGUCCUCCAGGGGGUGCUCUAUGGAGAAGUGGAGGCUCCAAUGUGGACCAAAGAGUUCCAGUGUGGAGGCCAUGAGUCUGCUCUCCUGGACUGUAGAAGAUCAGACUCAGCUAGAAGAACCUGCUCACCUGGUAAAGCUGUUGGACUCACCUGCUCAGUGACUGUCAGGUUGGUGGGAGGAGCCAGUCGCUGUGCAGGUAGACUGGAGGUGAAACAGGGAGAGUGGAGACCAGUGAGUGACUCUGACUGGACCCUGAAGGAAGCAGCUGUUGCCUGCAGAGAAAUGGACUGUGGCUCUGCUGUUUCAAUAGGAAGCAGAAAGGAGUCCUCAGACAGACCUGUAUGGGAUAUCAGACCUUACUGUGUUCAGUCUAGAUCUACACUGAGGGACUGUGUAGAACCAUCAGAUUCCUCUUCCUCCAUCAUGGAGCUCACCUGCUCAGACUCUGUCAGGCUGGUGAAUGGGACUAGUCUGUGUUCAGGCAGACUGGAGGUGAAGUCUGAGCAGUCGUGGUCCUCAGUGUGUGAAGCUGACUUUGACCAGCAGGAUGCAGAGGUGGCCUGUAGGGAGCUUGGCUGUGGGGCUCCUUCAGUCCUCCAGGGGGCGCUCUAUGGAGAAGUGGAGGCUCCAAUGUGGACCAAAGAGUUCCAGUGUGGAGGCAAUGAAUCUGCUCUCCUGGACUGUAGAAGAUCAGACUCAGUUAGAAGAACCUGCUCACCUGGUAAAGCUGUUGGACUCACCUGCUCAGAGACUGUCAGGUUGGUGGGAGGAGCCAGUCGCUGUGCAGGUACACUGGAGCUGAAACGGGGAGAGUGGAGACCAGUGGGUGACUCUGGCUGGACCCUGAAGGAAGCAGCUGUUGCCUGCAGAGAAUUGGACUGUGGCUCUGCUGUUUCAAUAGGAAGCAGAGAUGAGUCCUCAGACAGACCUGUAUGGAGGAUCGACUCUGACUGUCUUCAGUCUGGAUCUGCACUGAUGGACUGUGUAUCAUCAGAUUCCUCUUCCUCCAUGGGGGAGCUCACCUGCUCAGACUCUGUCAGGCUGGUGAAUGGGACUAGUCUGUGUUCAGGCAGACUGGAGGUGAAGUCUGAGCAGUCGUGGUCCUCAGUGUGUGAAGCUGACUUUGACCAGCAGGAUGCAGAGGUGGUCUGUAGGGAGCUUGGCUGUGGGACUCCUUCAGUCCUCCAGGGGGCGCUCUAUGGAGAAGUGGAGGCUCCAAUGUGGACCAAAGAGUUCCAGUGUGGAGGCCAUGAGUCUGCUCUCCUGGACUGUAGAAGAUCAGACUCAGCUAGAAGAACCUGCUCACCUGGUAAAGCUGUUGGACUCACCUGCUCAGAGACUGUCAGGUUGGUGGGAGGAGCCAGUCACUGUGCAGGUAGACUGGAGGUGAAUCAGGGAGAGUGGAGACCAGUGAGUUACUCUGACUGGACCCUGAAGGAAGCAGCUGUUGCCUGCAGAGAAUUGGACUGUGGCUCUGCUGUUUCAACAGCACGCAGAAAGGAGUCCUCACGUAGACCUGUAUGGAGGAUCGACUCUGACUGUCUUCAGUCUGGAUCUGCACUGACGGACUGUGUAGAAUCACGUUCCUCUUCCUCCAUGGUGGAGCUCACCUGCUCAGGCCAACAGGGGGCAGAAGUCAGACCCACAGGAGAACAUUGAGCUGGAUUAUUAUAACCUGGGUGUUUCCAGAGCUGAAGGAGAGCCGGCUGGAGAGGAAGGAGAGCCGGCUGGAGAGGAAGGAGCUCGGGGAGAAGAGUAGGACCUCCGAGGAGCCACACAAACCCUCUGAAGAAGAAAAUCACGUUUGGUUUCAUCUCUCCUCUCAG